UCUCCGCUGGGAGAGGCCCGGCUGUCCCUAAAACCACACGAAGCCGCGCAUGCGCAGAGCGGCGCGGAGCGGAGCGUCUUCACCACAUUGAGCCGCUGAACUCUCGGAAGUUUAGCAGAGUUGCAGUGAUUUAGCUCCAACAGGCUAGCGGGCAGAAAAACACCGUCACCAAACUUGUUUUUUAAGCGAGAAAGACGUGCGUUUGGACGGAAACUCAACCACCGCAGCGGACCGCGGAAGACUACCGAUGGAUUUAAGCGGUUUUUCACGGUUUGAUCUGCUCGAACAGCAGCGGUAGAGAGAGAAGAGAGAGAAGUUGUGAUUGUUGUUUUGGCGCUCUGGCAGCGCAGAGAGGAAAGAUGGAGGAUCUGCUGGAGUAGCAGCAGCAGCAGCGGGCUAACGAGAGCUGGAGGUCGGGUUACUGCUCGGUGAAGUCCGGGGAAAGUGUGGAGGCUGUGAUUCAACUCACUGACUGUAGCUGCUGUUCAUGUUUACAGAUCAACUAAAGCAUGAGAGUCCCUCAGGCUCUGAGGAUGGAACCAGGGCUACUGGAGGCAGGAUUUAGACAUCAGAUGGUGCUCUGAAGAAGCCAUGGGUAGCUGUCUAAGCUGUCCAGAGAAAGAGUCAAUUCCAGAUAAUCAUCAAAGUAAAUUCAAGGUGAUCAACGUGGACGACGAUGGGAACGAGUUGGGAUCAGGUGUGAUGGAGCUGACCGAUGCUGAACUCGUCCUGCACACCCAUCGCCGUGAUGACGUCAGGUGGCCUUACCUGUGUUUACGGCGCUAUGGCUACGACUCCAACUUGUUUUCGUUUGAGAGUGGCCGCCGCUGCCAGACGGGUCAAGGUAUUUUUGCCUUCAAAUGUUCUCGAGCUGAAGAGAUCUUCAACAUGCUGCAGGAGGUGAUGCACAGUCACAGCAUCAGUGUGGUGGAGGAGGCAGUCCUGGAGCCCAUCCAGCAGACACCGCUCACACCUGCAGCUCUGGGUUACUCGGUGCCCACGGUGCCUAACGGUGUGACAAGAACCCAGUCGGUGGGCGAGGCCCCGUCUCACCCCUCCACCCGUCACCCGUCUGUCGCCAGCACCCGUCUGCCCUCGACGGGAGAAGAGUCCACUCAUCCUCUGCUGGUGGCUGAUGAAGCGGUUCACACCUACGUGAACACCACGGGGCUCCUGGAGGACCAGCCCAGCCCUCUGACCGUCACCACCCCUCUGGAGAGUCCCACCUCCCCCCAGUCUCUGUGUCCUCCAACCCCCCCGCCUCCUCCGAGGGUCCGCGCCGAGCCGCCGGCAGCGCCCCCCCAGCCGGAGCCCCAGGUGCUGCUGGAGCCUCAGGGGGCGCGCUUCGUGCUAGGCCCCACGCCGGUUCAGAAGCAGCUGAUGGAGAAGGAGAAGAAGCAGCACGAGGUCAAGGAGGUCGAGGAGCCCCGAGAGACUAAUGGCCGGACCGAGGCCCCGCCGCCGCCCCCCCUGCUCUCUAACGGCUCCUCCUCCAAUAACUCCGCAGCUCCUCGCCGCCAGCGCCCACCCCCCCUCACACCUGACCUGCAGAAUGUCAACAACUCGGCCCAGCGGCGCACUGCCCUGCUGGACUACGAGAACCUGCCGGCAUUGCCGCCGGUGUGGGAGGCGAGGAAGCCCAGCUCGGAGGAGGAGGAGAACGGCUGCGGCGGCCUGAAGACGCCGUCGCUCAACGGCUACAACCACCACGGCCUGCUGCACCACUCCUACUCGCACCCUCUGUCCCCCGCCCUCGAGUCCUCGCACAAUUACGUCAACACCGAGAACGUGACGGCACCGCUCAGCGCCCACCGGCCCGACACGGCCCGCCGCUGCACGCCGGGACCCACCAUUUUCAACUUUGACUUCCGCCGGCCGCAGCUGCCGGGCCACCCUGAGCCGCCCAAAACCCUCAACUACAUCGAGGUGGAGAUGGACAACAGCGCGACGAACAAGGGGGCUUCGGACGGCAGCAACCCCCACACGCCCCGCACCCCCACCUCGCCGCUGCCCCCCACCACCCCCACCCGCCGCACCGAGCUCUACGCCCUCAUCGACAUCGAGCGCACCGCCGCCAUGUCCAACCUGCAGAAGGCCCGGCCGCGAGACGACGGUACGUCACGCAAGACGCGGCACAACAGCACGGAGCUGCCCACCAAAAGCACUGUGUGACACGCACCCCCACUUCCUGUUAACCCUUUGAGUUGUUUGAUACGACGAACGGAGCUUCUUUAUAUUCACACGUGGAAACGCAGUGACGGACUACACCUGACCAAUGAGAGAGUGACUUUCUGUGACAUGUUGAUGUCACAGCUGCGUCGGGUCGGCCUGCGUUCUUCCUCCUUAUAUGGUACAAAUCAGUAUUACUGAACAAAGCAUUCCAUUUAGCCUUUUCUAAGAGUCACUACAUGCUGCUGUCAGUCAGUAUCUCUCUGAGUAUGUACAGUAGAUCCUGGCACAAUAAAUGUCUGUUCUGUUUCUA